AUGUCGCCCAACGGAACCAUCAAUGGGACGACUGAGCCCAAGCACGGCAAGAUGGCCUCGCAGAACGAGUAUAUGCCAGCCUUGCCCGCCAAGCAUCUCAAUACUCCUGUCGAGGUCACUCCGUCGCCCGAGGAAAAGGCCGCUGGCCAAUUCAAUGACGCCAACAUCAAAUUGUUUCUCUCUGGGAUGCACCGAGACGGCGUGGUAAUUCUCAAAGACAUCAUCAACCCAGAUCACCUCGAUGUCAUCAACGAAUUCAUGGUCGAUGACACCAAGAAAGAACUUAGCAAAGAGAACCUCUACAAGAACUUUGGCGCCGAGAACAUUCAACAAGGCCCUCCAUUGACGCCAUCAAAAUACUUUUUCGACGACGUCUACCUCAACAAGCUUCUCUUCCAUGCCGUGAACCUUUACCUUGGACCGAACGCUACGUGGAACAUGGUCAGCGGCAACAAUGCCUUACCUAACGGCGUCAAGAGGCAGCCUGUACACUCUGAUGCCAUGUGCAAUCACCCACCGGCACCUUUCUAUGUGGUUGCCAAUGUCUAUACCUGUGAUGCCAGCGCGGCCAAUGGCUCCACGGAGAUUUGGCUCGGAACGCAUCACUUUAACACUGAGGCCCAGACACCACCGGGUCCCAAAGGGGAAACCCACAUCACAGACGAGUACAUCGCCGAGAGACAAAAGACGUUGCCGGGCAUUCAGCCUACGGUGAAAAAAGGUUCUAUCUUGUUCCGAGACAUGAGACUCUGGCAUGCCGGAGUGUGCAAUAAGUCUGACGACAUGCGCUUCAUGAUCGCUUUGGGCUUCUCUGCCAGCUGGUGGCACGGUACAGCAAAGUUCCGGGUUCCCGCAGGGACAGGCGUGUUUGAGCGCAUUAUCCACGGCACCAAGGGCCAGGGCAUCACACCUUUGAUGGUUGAGCUGCCUCCGGAAGAGUACGAGAAACUGAGAGAUGCGCAUGAUUUCAGCGAUGUCGAGAAGAUGACGUACGAAGGUGAAAUAUUCUAG